GAGUUUCAGGAAAAGUUUCCUGCCGGCGUUAUUUCGCUGCUGCACACUGUUGGACAGUGCUGCUGGGAGAAAACAGCGAAUCUCGCCGCAUUUCAGUGAUGGCGAAGCUCCAGGGCUUUGAGUUCUGGAGGAAGACCCUGAAAGAGGCUCGCUAUGUGGUGGCCCCGAUGGUGGACCAGAGCGAGCUGGCGUGGCGCCUGCUGAGCCGUCGUCACGGCGCUCAUCUCUGCUACACGCCCAUGCUGCACGCUCAGGUGUUUGUCCGCGACGCCAACUACAGGAGAGAGAACCUGUACAACGAGGUGUGUGAGGAGGACAGACCUCUCAUCACCCAGUUUUGUGCCAAUGAUCCGGAGGUGUUCCUGCAGGCCGCUCUACUGGCUCAGGAUUACUGCGACGCCAUCGACCUCAACCUGGGCUGUCCACAGAUGAUCGCCAAGAGAGGUCAUUAUGGAGUUUUUCUUCAAGACGAAUGGGAGCUGUUGGAGAAAAUGAUCAGGUUAGCCAAUGAGAAGCUCUCUGUGCCCAUCACGUGUAAGAUCCGCGUGUUCAAGGAGACGGAGAAGACGGUCCGUUACGCCCAGAUGCUGGAGAAGGCUGGAUGUCAGCUGCUGACGGUGCACGGCCGGACCAAAGACCAGAAAGGAGCCAUGACGGGGAUCGCCAGCUGGGAGCACAUCAAAGCCGUGAGGAAGGCGGUUAAUAUUCCCGUGUUUGCAAAUGGAAACAUCCAACACCUGAGUGAUGUGGAGCGCUGCAUUCAGGAGAGUGGCGUGCAGGGAGUCAUGAGUGCAGAGGGUAACCUCCACAACCCCGCCCUGUUUGAAGGCUGCAGCCCCCCCGUGUGGGAGAUGGCCGAGGAGUAUCUGGAGGUGGUGAAGCAGCAUCCGCCUUGCACGCUGUCCUACGUACGAGCCCACCUCUUCAAGCUCUGGCACCACACGCUACAGAUCCAUCAGGACCUGAGGGAGGAGUUGGCCAAGGUGAAGAACCUCGAGGGUUUGGCCAACGUCAGCAAACAGCUGAGGCUGCGAUGUCAGGAGGAGAUCGCUAAAGGAAAGGACUCAGAAGAGAAGGAGAGCAGUCUGCCGUUUCCUCACUGGAUCUGUCAGCCGUACAUCAGACCACCGCCAAAGGAUCCGGUCGCCAACGGUAACGGACAGGGUUCAGAGGUAAAGAGGGCGGUGUGUCAGAAGAGGGCGCUGGAGGACUCGGACGGAGCUGCGGACACGCUCUCCAAAAACAAGCAGAAGAAGAGAUCCAGAAACCCGCACAAGAACUUCUGUCCCGAACACAAACCAAAGUACGUCAAAUGUGAUCAGUGCGGGAACCCGAAGGGGAAUAAGUGCGUUUUUAAUCUGUGUCGAGGCUGCUGUAAGAAGAAGGCGUUCAAGGAGGUGGCCGACUGUCCCAGCCACGGGCUGAGGUUCAAGACCAAGGCGGAGAAACAGAAAGCUGAGGAGGAGAAGAGGAAAGAGGAGGAGACAGAGCGGAGCAGAAACUCUCCUCAGACGCUCUCUGAUCCGAGUACAAACCUGCAGGAGGGGAGCAACGCAGAGCUGCAACGAUGAAACGUUUCUCUAAAGAUCAAACCCAAGAGACUAUUUAAUGCCAAAAAAAAAAAGAAAAGCAGGUUCUGUCAACAUUUUGGACACCUCCAUGUGAUUCUUCUGUAGUCCGAGCCCCGGCUUUCCUCUUUCUCUAAUUGGUUGAUCACUGUUAAAGUAUUUUGCGGCGAGACGAUUCGACACAACGUUUUUACCUGUUUGGCUUUAAAUCCCGGUCGGUGCUGCAGGACUUGUGUUGACCUGGUUUACUUCAUUCUGCUGAACAAGCCGUCGUUUACAUUCAGACGUUAUGAAACUGCGUUCUAAGGUCGCUGACUCUUCAGGUGACGGGUGUGAUUUUACAUUUAGGCUCAGCCGAUAACCAGUCGGGACAAACAGUAAACAGCGCUGCUUAAAAACAUCAACGAGAGUUUGGGAUUUAUUUAAAAACAGACGGACGUGAAAGAGAAAACCAAAAACAUCAAACAACAGGUUAUAUUUAAUUGGGUUUGGGUUUUCCAGGAUUCAUCUUUAUCUUUGAGCUUUUAUUGUUACAGUUUCUGUUUGUGUUAAAGACAAACAUUUUUAUGAGUUUGAACAAUUUGUUUCUCUGAAGUUCUUUCUGAGCCACCAACGUGGAUAAAACAGAUUCAGAAAGUUGCUUUUCCUCCACGAUUUUAUUUCUUUUAUUUAAGGUGGUGGGUGUGGUUUCAGUUUCAUGAUUUAAAGGUCCAAUCAGUAAGAUGUGUAGAGAGUGAAAUGAUAAAGUGAUCUUACUAUCUGAUCAGACAUUAAGGAAACAUGUUAUGUUGAAGUGCUGGCUUCUCUGACAACAAUGCAGCAGCCAGUAUGUCCUCCUUCUAACUUUAGAUUCUGGUCCUGAAUGCUCUGGAUUUGUUUGGACCAGAGAAGGUAGGCGGUUUUAAGGCGACCCCCACACGGCCGUUUUGGACGCCCCUCGGUUUGUCAGAUAUGAGAGCAGUUAUCAGGUCAACAGGUGUUGCAGCGAUGGAAGCGGGCAAGAGAAGUGGUUCAGAUAGAAGUGAUUGUACCCGACCUAAAAAGCCUCUGCAUGUUUCUAAUAAGCUCCACGAGCAGAAACGUGCUCAAAUUAGGAUCAAUAUUGCAGAUGCUUUUGAAAAAUGGAGAGAGGUUAGAACACAGAAAGGUUUACAGACCCAUGCAGAGCUGGAUAAACACUGAAGCUUCAGUGUCCACCACAUGGUGACCUGUGUGAUCAUCGACUCUAGAGAGGAGGGGGGGGGAGACAGCUCUCUAUGAUGUUUAGAAUUUAGACUGCAGUACCCAUUUUAAACACUAGGGGUCAGAGUUACAUAUCGCUCCUUUAAUCUGGGUAACUGUUUGCAAACGAGUCGUUCAUUUUGUUCGUGCCUUUAGAGAUGAAGUGCCACUGCCGCUCCAGAAUCCUGAGCUCGUUAGAGAGAGGAACGUUGUGCUCCAGCUGCUCGGUGACGAUACGAUCCAAACAUCUGAGUUUAAGGUGCUACCUGCAGAACUGUGCGUACAUCAAACAAAGAAAAAACAGAAACUACAGGACUUGUUUAAUUUAAUGAAUUAACUUUGAUCCUCAAACUGUAUUUUUAUAUAACUGGAAAAUUAGAGUGAACUAUUAGAGUUUAAAUUAGAAAAAAAAGAGUCUUAUUUACUACAAAUCAGCUUUAAAUGACUGAACGUGUUUGUUUUUUAAUCAGCUGUGAUUAAAGAAACGACACACCCGUCAUCAGAAACAUAUCAAAGUCUUCGUGGUUAGAGGGAUUUUAAUGACAUCACUUCCUGCCUCUGUUGGUCUCAGACAUAAGAAAUCAAACUGGUGUAAAACUUUGCCUUUCAUCAGAACGCUGUUACGAUAUCAUAAAGAAUAAAAAGAGACAAUCCUCGAGUCACAUGUUGUAUAGUUUCCAUUUAAUGCUGCAGGAGAAGACGGAUCUUUAUUUUUGGGAUUGUUAUCUGCUAUGUUUCAAAAAGUGUCAUUAAACAAGUCUUACAUUA